AAAGGGGAACAUACCAAGAAAAUGAACUGCUACUAUUGGCAAGGCUGCCGAAAGAAAAGCCAAGGAAAACAAUAUCUUCUUUCAAUUUCACUUUAUACCUGUUCCAAUUGAACUACUCAAUCACAGUGAUGACAAAAACAAUAAAAGCAGCAUAAUUUAUACCCAACAUCCAACACCUGCCAUUUCAUCGCUCGCUGGUGACUGGACCCUGGUGAAACCACUAGCCACUUGAGACCCAGAACCAUAAGUGAACAGUGUGACCAUGGAGGCGUGGACCCACUUCUUUUUUAUGCGCAUUACAUUUAGAAAUUAGACUUUUCCAUUUCCGAUAUGGUCACAAGCCACAAUAACUCCGCUGUACGUACACACUAGUCUAUCUCUCAGACCUCACUCGGUCCUCUCACCACCGUGAAUGAACAGUUUAGUCCCUUAAAAUGUACUCACAUACCAUACCCCGCGUCUGUUUUUGACGGCCGCCUUCUAUUUCUCUCUCUCUAGCCCCGAAGUUUCCUUCUUGGGUCUUGAAUAUGGUGGUGCAUAGACAUGCCUUGUUGGUGUUGGGUUUACUUGCAUUUAUUGCAAAGCGGCUGCCUUCAACGACGGCAGAUUGCCCUUUGGAUUUGAGUGGAUCAAACUUUACCUUAGCAGCCGCUGUGUGCUCCGAUAAAGAUAAAAGAGGACAAUGUUGCCGCUAUAUUAAUGCGUUUAUAGCAGUUUCCAUUGCUCGCUAUGCAAAUACAACUAGCAACUUAGGGGUUGCCUCGAAUGUAUCUGAUAUAUGUCUUCGCUCCAUUUCUCAAUCCAUGCAACUGUAUGGAGUUCCAAGUAAUGCAACAAUUUUUUGUGGGUUUGGGACGAAAGUUCGAGUGAAUUAUGAGUGCGGGGGUCGAACAACUAUUACUCAGAUGUUGGAGUCUCCAAAAUUUGUGAGAGUCGCACAAAAUUGCAGACUGCCACUUUCAUUAAAAAGUGAUUGCAAGAGGUGUUUAAAUGCUGGCAUUAUAUACCUUCAUCAUCUAGUGGGAACAGAUAAUAAUGUGACAUUGAGUACCUGCCGUGAUGCAGCUUUCACUGCCCUUGCAAGCCAAUUUGAUGAUGCUUCGGCUGUUGAAAUUGCAAGCUGUUUCUUCGGAGUUCAAGGGCUCAACACCCCUUCAGAGCCUCCUCCAUCUUCAGUCACUCCUGAAGCCCCUCCAAGUCCAUUGACAGCUGCUGGUCCCAGCCAAGUUAUGUUGGGACUACCCCUAAAAUCAACUCACCACCCAUACCAUUUGACAUUAGUUCCAAUUGUUGGCAUUGCGGUCACAGCAGUUGCCUUUGUGAUGCUGAUAGUCUUGAUAGUUCUUAUUCGUAGGAAAAGCAGAGAACUAGAGGAAUCUGAGAAUAUAGAUAAGACCUUUCCAAGAUCCAUCCCUCCUCCUAGGCCUACACGGAAAUUUCAAGAAGGGCCUGCAUCAAUGUUACGAAAAUUCAGCUAUAAAGAGACAAUGAAGGCAACAGAUAACUUCAAUACAAUUGUUGGACAGGGAGGAUUUGGAACUGUAUACAAAGCUGAAUUUAGUGAUGGCUUAGUGGCAGCAGUGAAGCGGAUGGACAAGGUUUCAGAGCAGGUAGAAGAGGAUUUCUGCAGAGAGAUAGAACUACUUGCUAGGUUGCACCACCGCCAUCUUGUUGCUCUAAGAGGCUUUUGCAUAAAAAAGAAUGAGAGGUUCCUCAUGUACGAGUAUAUGGCAAAUGGAAGCUUAAAGGAUCAUCUUCAUUCCUCUGGAAGUCCUCUGAGUUGGCAGACCAGAAUGCAGAUUGCUAUCGACGUGGCUAAUGCUUUGGAGUAUCUCCACUUUUAUUGUGAUCCGCCUCUGUGCCACAGGGACAUAAAAUCAAGCAACAUUUUACUAGAUGAAAAUUUUGUUGCUAAGGUUGCAGAUUUUGGCCUUGCCCAUGCUUCAAAGGAUGGUUCUAUAUGCUUUGAACCAGUAAAUACUGAUAUCCGUGGAACUCCAGGUUACAUGGAUCCUGAGUAUGUGGUCACUCAAGAGCUUACUGAGAAAAGUGAUAUAUAUAGCUAUGGUGUGGUCCUGCUGGAGAUAGUGACUGCAAGAAGAGCAAUACAGGAGAGCAGGAAUUUGGUGGAGUGGUCUCAAAUAUUCAUGUCAUCUGAUUCAAGACUACCUGAGUUAGUGGAUCCACGCAUCAGGGAUUCCUUUGACAUGGACCAGCUUCAGACUAUUGUGACUAUUGUUAGAUGGUGCACACAGAGGGAAGGCCGGGCAAGGCCUUCGAUUAAACAAGUCCUUAGACUUUUGUAUGAGAGUUCAGACCCCAUGCAUAGCGGGUUUGUGCAGGCUGUGGAAGAUGAAGAGUGUGAAGGAAGUGAAGGACGAGGAAGAAUGAGCAGAGGAAAAUCACGCAAGAGUGAUGCUAUUUUUCAUAGCGGAGAUGGAAGAUAUCUUGCUUCCUCUUCUAGCACAUCGAGGUCGUAUUGUAGUAGAAGCUUUUUACUUGAAACUGGCUCUCCACAAUCUCCCUCCAAUAUUCUCUCUGUUUGAGGCUAUAAUUUGUAAUCGUGUGCCUCAACCACCAAUCAUGGUAUGCUAGACAGCUGGAGCACUUCUAUCAGUCUUGGUCAUCAUGUUUGCUUAUCUUUGCUGAGUUUAAAAUUUCAUUCCGUUGAGCUUGUCAAUGUCUUUUGAGAAUACAUAUCACCAGGUAGAUAGAAAAGCCAAUUGUGAAAGUAGUCACUAUACAUCCAUUUCUUUAGUUGAUGUUUUAAGUUUCUGGAAGAAUUGAACCUGGAAAAUAUAUAAAUUUCCUCUUUCAUUAUC